AUGAAAACUGAAAACACAAGAGCGAAAGACGACAAGGCAUACUCAAGGCUGCAUGGAAUGGAGAGAAACCCAGAUUGGAAUGUGUUCUUGAACAUAUUUCACUUGCUUCUAUGUCAAGCUACAAUUAAAGCCAUUUACACAAAUUUGAAUGAUAGAGAAAGGUGUAUGAUUACUCGGAAAACUUCACAAGGCAAACUCAUUCCUUUGGAUUCUGAGAUAGAACGCACUUGCAGGUCGAAUAGGAAGCAAACGAAGGAAACGUGUUUGCCAAUUGACGGCCCAACGGCGGGUUCUACAUCUUCACAGGGAGAGGAGGACCGAGAGAAGUACACACCUUCACAUUCACCUGCGCAUUCGGUGCACGAAGACGAAGAGGAACAGUUCGAGGAACCCCCCAAAGUUGAGAUGGCUGGAGCAAGACCACUGAAGGAUGCCUUCGUCCCAACAACUUCUGAAUCUCCUUCAUGCAUUGAUUAUACACCGGACGGCAAUCAUGCCUAUUCCAUUCCUGUGCAGUUGAUUAACUCAUUGCCCGAAUAUAUGGGAUCCCCAUCUGAGGACCCUAAUGUUCACAUUAGGGAAUUCUUGGACAUAUGCAAAUUGCAGACCAUUCAGCAUCUGCCUCCUGAAGGCCUUAGGUUACUUCUUUUCCCAUUUUCGUUAAAAGAUGAUGCUAAGCGUUGGCUAUACUCUCUACCUGCAGGUAUUAUCACAUCUUGGGAUGAAAUGGUCAAGAAGUUCCUUAAGCAGUACUUUCCAGCCCAACUGACAAGGAAGCUGAGAAGAGAAAUACAAAAUUUCUGUCAAACGGAUGGAGAUACUCUAUAUAAGGCAUGGGAGGAAUUUAAGGAGCUGCAGAGGAAGUGCCCCCAUCAUAAUUUUGCUCUGGAUGACUUGGUUCAAUAUUUCUAUGAUGGUUUGGACACGGUCAAUAGGGGUAGCGUGGACUCGGCCUGUGGAGGGACAUUCAUGAAUAAGACUGGCCGGCAAGCAUAUGAUCUCAUUGAAGACUUGGCUGAUAACAAUCGGCAAUUCCACGCAAGGGAUAAGCGAGCAAGAGGUCGUGGAGUUUAUGAGCUUGACACUAAGAAUGGGAUGCAAAAUCAAAUGGUAGCCUUGGAGAGAAAACUCGAUAUGUUAGUGAAUGUCAUGAGCAAUGGGUCUAAGGCAUCACCUCAGGUAUGCUCUAUUUGUUCAUAUUCUGACCAUACUACUGAUAGGUGUCCUAUGUCUACUUUGUCUGAGGAACAGGUAAACUUUGUGGGGCAACCAAGGCACAAGUAUGACCCCUACUCGAACACAUACAAUCCUGGAUGGAAGGAUCACCCUAACUUCCGUUGGAACAACAAUGAUAAUGUGGUUCGGUCUACUCAAGGUGUCUAUAACACGCCACCUGGUUUCCAAGCCCCUAGACAACAAGCACAUCAACAAGCUCCACCUCAACAAGCUUCAAGCAAAUCAUUGGAGGAUAUGCUCAAGGAGAUGGCACUUCAUACCUCUACAUUCAUGCAAGAGACCAAAGCUCAAUUUAAGGAGCAAGGGCAAUCAAUCAAGAACUUAGAAAGACAAGUUGGGCAACUUGCAAGUAAUAUGCAAAAUAGGCCUCCCGGCACUCUUCCAAGCACAACUGUGCCUAAUCCUAAGGGUGAGAGUGUUGCGGAGCUGCAUGCCAUGACUUUGAGAAGUGGAAAGCAAUUGGAGGAACCAAUAAGAGCCAUAGAGAAGUUUCAAGAAGCUUUGGAGGAAGAAAAAGAAUCCAAAAACGAAGCUGAAAAUAUCAAAAAUCAAAAUUUGGCAAUCCACCGACCAGUCGGCGAAACUCGCCGACCGGUCGACGGGUUAUGUGUUCCGGGAUCAGAAGCUCACCGACCAGUCGGCGAAACCCGCCGACCAGUCGUCACAGAAAAUUCAGAUUUUGACCAUUUGAAGGAAAUUUGUCAGCCAGUCAAAAAUCGGGGCACUCCUAACCUUUCUUUGAAUUCUUUUAAGGCUAACAAUGAUGCUUCUAUCCCUAUGUCUUCUUGUAUUCCUUUUCCUCGUAGGUUCAUGAACUCAAAGAAGGAGCAACAUGAGAAAGACAUCUUGGAAACCUUUCGGAAAGUCCAAGUGAACAUCCCUCUUUUGGAUGCCAUCAAACAAGUGCCCAAAUACGCUAAGUUUCUCAAGGAGUUGUGUAUCAACAAGAGGAGGUAUAAAGAUAAGGAAACCGUGGCUCUUAGUGAGGAAGUCUCCGCGGUACUUUUGAGAAAAUUGCCUCCUAAGCUAAAGGAUCCUGGAAGAUUCACGAUCCCUUGCACAAUUGGGGAACGCAGGUUUGAAAAAGCUUUACUUGAUUUAGGAGCUUCUAUUAAUCUAAUGCCCUAUACUAUGUAUGAAACUCUUAAGUUAGGUGAGCUCAAGGAUACUCAGGUCACCAUUCAACUAGCGGAUCGUUCUAUAGCCCAUCCUAAGGGCAUAGUUGAAGAUGUCUUGGUGCAAGCGGGAGAGUUGAUCUUUCCAGCGGAUUUCUUUGUCUUGGAGAUGGAGCUUGAGCCUAUGCCAUACGACCUUCCUCUCAUUCUUGGUCGCCUAUUCAUGAGAACUGCACGAACAAAGAUUGAUGUCUAUGAGGGGACCUUAACGAUGGAAUUUGAUGGCGACAUUAUAUGCUUCAAUAUCUUUGAGGCCAUGAGGUAUCCGAAUGAUGUUCAUACUUGUUUUUCCAUUGAUGCCUUUGAUUAUCUUGUACAGGAUACCUUUAAUGCAAGUGUGGGGGAGGAUAAACUCAAGAGCACAUUAGAAUUGGGAUUGGAGCAAAAUGAUUUUCAACUAGUCAAAGGUGGUACUUCAACUUGA